AGAUCAGAGGAAGAGGAGGGACAGAAGUCAUGUCCAAAGUGUGGCUAGCUCUCACAUGUCAGCAGCUAAUCCGACUAGCAGGCUAGCUGCUGCUGCUGAAGAAGUAUGCAGACUCAGUGAAGGAACCAUCGUCCAGAGCGAGGAGGAGCUCUGUCGUCAGCGCAGACUGCUGGAUGUCAUCUGGAAACCACAGCUUCUGCUCCAUCGCAUAGUCCUCCCCCAGCACUGGAGUACUGAAGAGGAUGAUCCCUGCAACCAGCAAAGGAACUUCAGAGUGGAACAAGAGGAACCAGAACCUCCGCAUUAUAAUGAGGAACUGCAGGAUCCAGAACCUCCACAUUAUAAUGAGGAACUGCAGGAACCAGAACCUCCACAUUAUAAUGAGGAACUGCAGGAACCAGAACAUCCACAUUAUAAUGAGGAACUGCAGGAACCAGAACAUCCACAUUAUAAUGAGGAACUGCAGGAACCAGAACAUCCACAAUUUGAAGAUGAACAUUGGGUACCAGAACCAUUACUGUUUAUAGAGGAGGCAGAGGAAAUCUGCAUCAGUCAGGAUGAAGAUCAGCUUGAUCUGAAGCAGGAGACUGAUACCUUGAUGGAGAUUCCUAGUUAUGAGGGAGAUGAGAACAGUGAAGCAGAUCUAAACAAUCAGCAGAGCUUUAAUGUAACUGAUAGUCAGGGUGUAGAAGGAAACCAACAUGAAAAAUCAACAUCAACUACAGAUGGAGAGACAGAUCCAAAGAACAGAGAUCAGAGGAAGAGGAAGAUAAGAAAAUGUGUCCAAUGUGUGGACAGCUCUCACAUGUCAGCAGGUCAGUGUGAUUCUGAUGUUAGAAAAAUUCCUAAGAAGCCAAGUUUGGGCAAGAAACGUAAACAAUCUCCAAACGAAGAAAGACUUUUCUCUUUUGGGCCUGGGAAAAAUAUAAGAAUAAUUACUAACCUGUCUGACUACAUGGAAACUGGGUCUGAUGAAAGAUGUUAUAUCUGUAAAGAAUGUGGUAAAAGCUUUGGUAACAUAUCUCAGUUCAAAAUUCAUGCAAGAAUCCAUGCAAAAGAUAAGAGAUUUUCUUGUAAUGAAUGUGAGAAAAGUUAUAGUAGUGCAUCUCAUCUUGAUAGCCACAUGAUAACUCAUACAGGAGUAAAGCCUUAUUCUUGUAAAGAAUGUGAUAAAAGGUUUAGUUAUGUAUCUCAUCUAAAAAGACACAUGAGAACUCAUACAGGAGAGAGGCCUUAUUGGUGUAUGGAAUGUAGAAAGGGUUUUAUGGAUUUAUUUAGUCUUAAAACACACAUGAGAACUCACACAGGAGAAAAGCCUUUUUCUUGUAAAGAAUGUAAAAGAAGUUUUAGUCAAGUAGGUAAUCUCAAAAUACACAUGAGAACUCACAAGGCUUUCUCUUGACAAACAAUGUAAUAAAGGAUUUAGUGUAAACUCUAAAUUUUAAACUUGUCUGUGUUUUUAAAUUAUUAUUUAUCAGACACAUGAUGACGACUCUGACGAAGGCGGAAGUUAUUCUGCCAAACAUGUUAGGUACGUUUGACAAGAACAAACUGUCUGAUAAAAAAAAAUAAUGUAAGAACACAGUUUAAACUUGGAGAGACAAUUAACUUCUUUGAAUCUAUACUCUUCUGAUAAGAGGUCGACCUCUCGACCUCUGCACCACAGUCAAAGACUUUAUUUUACAGGGGGGGAAAAGUUCUGUAUCUCAGAAGAUGUGAAUAUUUGAAAAUAAGUUUUUAAUUUUUUAAAACUCCUGGGGUCUCAAACCCCAAUGUUCAAAUGAACUCCAUAGCAACCUGAGCUUUCAUUUCAAGUACACAGAACAACAGGCUGAUAUACCACUUUGAUCCAGUAACUCUUUCAGAGGGAGGCACAAGUGAGUAUUAAAUGUGUAGAAAUGAAGUUUUCUUAAUACUUGAUUGUUUUGAUUUGAUAUUCUUACUUUCUAGGACAGUUUGUUAGGUUUUCAUCUUCUCUACAUCAAAAGCAAAAAAAGUAAUGGCUCAAUACAUUUCAAUCUUUGUGAAGUGACACUAGACAAAAAGUUUUACUGCUGAUAAAAUAUGUACAACUUCUUCACAAAAGGAAUUGUUUUAGAUGUACCUGUAAAUAGAAAUGAGUUGUUUUGAGUCAUUAGAGCUAAUUCUUGAAUGUCUUCAUUAUGGUUGAAAUGUUUUUUUUAUACAACUUUAAUUCUAACACGUUUAAUGUGAUCAGUGAACAUUUUAUAAAUAUUAAAAACAAAAUAGGGACUGCAGUCUAUACUUUGUUAGGUCAAGUAACCAUUUAGUAGAGAUAAGUAUUGUUAAGAUUAAAUAUAUAGUACUUUUCUUAUUGAUACUGCUUUUAAAAUCCUUUAUUCUUAUCAAUACUUUUCUGUUUCAAAAGAAGGAUGGAGAAGACAAACCACAAUCUUUGUACAUGAAAACCUUUUGUUUUAGAACCAUUUAAAACGUUAGUGUUAUUUGGAACACUGAAAUUAAAUGUUAUAAUACUAGUGCGUCUUUGUAAUAAUUUACUAACUUUAAGGUAACAACUUAGAUAAACAGUGCAGUAAAGAACCAAACGUAUCAAAUGGCCUUCUCACUGCAAAUAACAAGAACAGUGGAAAUAAAAAUGCACAAUGUUGUGUUUUAAUAAAUUUUACACUUUGUGUUGCGUAAUUUAUUAUUGAGGCGAAAUAUGAUCUUUCAGCCUAUUGAUGUAUGAACAUUGUGUUUUACAGUGCUGUUAGUCCUGUUCAUUUUCUCUCCUUUUUUAUUUGCAACGUCUAAGAUGGCUGACUCUCUAUCUUUAUAAAUAUAGAAUAGUGUGGUAAAAAUGCACUUGGGAGCAAUGUUGUGUUGCUCUGAAAUGCAGAAUAAUGUUGGAUUUUAAGUUUUCUAACCAAAAUAAAGUCUAAAGCUUGCUGACAUACGUUCUGAAAAAACA